AUGGACGGCCCCUUCCCCAUCGGUUGCCGCUGGAGAGACGCCCAGUCACAGCAGGACCCAUGGAAGAUGAGCAAGAACCACCACCUGCAGACCCUGCAUGUGCUAGACGCCCUGGCAUUUGUGCAAUCGGUGCAGGCACGGGUACUCCCGGGCAACACCCUGUUCAUGGACUUCCCCUAUUUCCUCCACCCAAUGGCCAUCGGACACUGGCCGGAGGUCCUGUUCCCUGCCUUCUCCUCGCUCCAGCUUCAGCCCGGCUUCCGGCCGGCCCGGGUGCUGCUCAUGUCCCUGAAGCGGACCCACUUGAUGGCCUGGGCCAGGACAUUCAUGGGCGUAGCCUUGUCGGGGACACAGCCGACAGAUGACCUGGCCCCCAUCGUGUUUCAGUCCGAGUCUGACUCGGUUUGGCACCAGAUACUGUCGAGCCUGGAGGGACUGGAGGAGUCAGAGUGGCUCUGCAUCAGCAAGCUCCUGGUUCCCCUGGAGAUGGACCUCGACGGCCGCCGCACCUUCUUCAGCCAGGCAGACGGACACCUUUUCCGCCAGCGCCUUUAUGCACAGUUUGGGUUGAAGCCUCCCACCCCGCACAGUCGGCAUGCGGUGCCCAACAUCACCCUGCACCGAAAGACCUCCAAUCGCCGAAUCCUGAAUCUGGAGGAGCUCGUCGCCAUGCUGCGCACGCUGGGGCAUGUGAACAUGGUCGAGCACAGCAACGACACGCCCAUGGCAGAGCAGAUGCGAUCCGUGGCCUCCACCUCCGUCCUCGUCAGCGUGCACACCUCGGCCCUGGCCAUCGCCCCCAUGCUGCGUCCGGGGUCGAUUGUGGUGGAGCUCCUGCAGCGCAACUGGCGCUACCAGCACCUGGACGAGAGCUUCAAGGUGCGCGUGGUGGGUGGUUUAGUGGGGGUUAUGGGAGAGGCACAGACGGAGGUGAUGGGGGACAUCCACCACUUUGCCUGGCGCGCCACGCAGCCCAACCAGACGGUGUACCUCAAUCCCAGGGACGCGGUCCGCUUCGGGAACUGGACCACGGAGAUGUGCGACACGGAGGAGUGCGUGGAGGCGCACACCACAGUGGACGUGGUGGUCGACGUGGAGGCCGUGCGGCAGCUGCUCACCGACCGACUGGCCCUGAUACAGGCCGGGGCAAGCGUGGAGGAGGCAAGCCUCCCCUGGCCCCAGCGGUAG